GAGUUUUGAAGAGGGCAGAGCAGCACAACAUUUUGGUGGAGCCUAUCAAAAUCUGGUGAUGGUAGUACGACCAUCUGCUGUGUUCCUGUCGCUACACCGAUCGGGAUACAUGUCUUAAUUAGUGGCCUGACAUACAGACUUCACCCAACCAGUAGCAGCUACUGCUACUCAAUGUAAGGGAUACGCCACCAAUGCCUCGUUUAUUCUGUCAGCGGCAUCUCCGAGGGAACAUUCCUCGUGGUCUUGAUCAGCAGCAUAUAUAUCGCACAGAAUCGCCAGCUUCUGAAUCCAAGCGAAAGGAACAAUUCAGUGACUCAACUUCUAAAGCUUCCUCCAGUCAUGGCUCAACAAAAAACAACACCAGGUAGUAUACCAGCUACCCUGAAGCUCCCUCGCUGUGGUGAAUGGCUUCCACAAGACACCACUACCCUCUCAAGCUGGCUUUCGGCUGUAAUCAAGCAUGUUGAUGCCAACCCGAAACCUCUCGUUCCUGUGCUCCAAGAGUUCCAAAGUGUCAUCGAAAACGAUGCCAAGAUCUUCAUGCUGUUCCACCAGAUGUUCACUCAGAUUCCAAGAAAGAAGCCCUACUGGGAUGAUCCGACAGGACAACCUCAAGUUCGACACUACCAACAUAUGCUUCAACUCUUCAAUCACAUCUUGACAACCGCGCCAGAAUACAACGAUACCGGGUUGGUCGGCUUUCCCAUCAAUGCAAUUCUCGACUGGCCAAUGGGGACACCCGCCGGAGUCGAUGCAUUCUUGAAUCCCGAAGUAAACCUUCAAUUCAAAAAUAUGCUAGCCGUGUGGUCAGAUUUCUUGAUGUCUUCGAAGUCGAAGUACGUGCUGAACACAUCAGCAAGUGGCUGGCUUGGUACGGCAGCUCUGUCCGCGAUGCAGACUACCAAUCAAGGCAGCUCCUUCGUCAGCACAUUCGAGUGCCAGCCGACUCAGGAAUUCUACGGAUAUACUUCUUGGGACGACUUCUUCACCCGUCAAUUCAAGCCCGAUGCACGUCCCGUUGCCUUGCCAAACGACGACACGGUCAUUACGAACGCGUGUGAAUCAGCUCCCUAUCGCAUCGCGACCAAUGUUUCGAAGCACAGCAAGUUCUGGAUCAAAGCACAACCAUACUCUCUCUUCCACAUGUUGAACAACGAUGAAUAUGCUCCACGAUUCGUUGGCGGAACAAUCUAUCAGGCGUUCCUAAGCGCUCUCAGCUAUCAUCGCUGGCAUAGUCCCGUCAAUGGCACGAUCGUCAAGACGUGCUUGGUUCCAGGGACAUACUAUUCUGAAACGCAGGCUGAAGGGUUCGCUUUCUCGGAGAUCGAUGACUAUGGGAGGUCGACCACCGAAAAGGCUACCCAGGAGCCUGAUCCAGCUGGCCCCAAUGACUCUCAAGGCUACAUUACCGCCGUUGCCACUCGAGCUCUCAUCUUCAUCCAAGCUGACAGCAAGGAUAUCGGCCUCAUGUGCUUCAUGGCGAUCGGGAUGGCUGAAGUGUCCACUUGCGAUACAACCGUCAGGGUAGGACAAAAAGUGAAGAAAGGUGACCAGCUGGGAAUGUUUCAUUUCGGAGGGUCAACACACUGUUUGUUCUUUAGACCAGAAGUGAAGCUGGUGUGGGAUAUGCAUGGACAGGAUGGAAAUGUGGGGUUGGAUAGUAGCAACAUCAGGAUCAAUGAGAGGAUUGCUACUGUUGUUACCAAAGACGGCAAGGGACCGGUUUUCUUGCCGCCUAGCAUUCCCAAGUAGGUUGCUUGAGGAAGAUGGAAACGGAAAAGUUUUUAAUGCAGUUGGGGUAACGGAUACCAAAUUGAUGAUUGAAAAUCAGA